AGAAGACUUUUAAUAAUUUUUUCAACUGUGAAAUUUUCAUAUGUAUGAGAAGCAUACAAUUUAGCAAAACCAAAUUAUACUAUCCAAACAAAUUUUAACUUCAAACAAAUUUCACGAUUCUAUACUCCGUCACAUCGCCGAUGGCCGGAAUAACCAUUACCCGAUUGCUCACCAUCUCUCCACCUCCGUCCUCCGCACUACCCAAAUCUUUUCACCACUUUUUUCCAACCCAAAUCCCUAAAACAGUUUUUUCCUUUUACUUUCCACAAUCAGCUCGCUCCUAAGCAGAUGAGGGGGGGCUGUGUUCAAUCGACGAGGGGAGGCCUGUUCAGUUGAUGAAAAGGAGAGGGGGCUGUUCAAUAGACGAAAAAGGAAGGGGGGCCUGUGUUCAAUUGGGGUGGGGGGGUGAGGUGAAAGAGAAGGGUUGUUGGGUGGGGGGGGGGGUUGGAAGAGAAAGGCUGGUGGGGUGGGGGUGUAUUAGUUUAUUUUUUUAAUUUAAAUUUAAUUUUAUUAAAAAAAAAUUAAAAUUAUUUUAAGUUAAAAUAAUACGUGUCACUAUUUGAUUUGCCACUUUGCCACGUCACUAGCGUGUGUAUUACACACGUUUUAUAAUUUUUGCCACGUCAGCAAAUUGGGCUCAAUUGAAACCAUUUGUGAAGGAGUAAAGGGUUCAAUAGGUACCUAUCUUAAUUGAGGUGCCUAUAUGGGAAAAGUGAAAUAGUUCAGGGGCCUGUAUAUGUAUUCCGUCUACAUUUUAUAUAUACGUAAGAAGUAAUAACAAAUAUAUUACAAAAAUUCUCUUUAGUUCUCUCAUUUGUUAAACAAAGUUUGAUAUUAAGAUUUUGUCUUUAUUUUAUAACAUUAUUCUUAUUAUUAUAUCAAAUAAAAUAUUUAUUCAAGCAAUUAAAUUUCUACUAUAUAGAAGACCGAUGCAAUGAACGACCAAGGGCAGAAGAGUAAUUUUACUCUAACAAAAAUAAGAGUAAUUUUACACUACCAAAAAUACUCUAUUUCCCCUGUUCAAGAACAGUCCAGUUCCGUCCUCCUCUGCUUCGUCCGCCGCAAUCACCGCCGUCCUCCUCCUCUGAUGAAAACUCCACGACUACAUCGCUACUGGAACACUAAGUAUUACCACUGAAGCUUUUAGUACUUCCAAAGUUCUCCAUCUUUCGCUGAAAUUUGCAGCCUAUUCCUUCUCUCCAAAACAUAAGUUAAAUCUUCUGCGCUUCGCUUGGUGCUCAUCAUUCUAUCAAUUGAUAUGAGCCGAUCAAGUGAAGCAGCCGCCAUGAAGCGGAAAAGACCAAAUAUGGAUUCACCUACUCAGGGACUUGUAGAUGCUGAGCGUAUAGUGCUGGAUGUUGUCAGAAGUAAAAAGAAUUUGGGUGUCUGGGUGGCAGAGGUGAAAAAAGAGGCAAACCUUGCACCAACUAUUGUGGAUAAAUCCCUGACGUCGCUUGUGAAAAAGAAGUUGAUAAAACAAGUCGUGAAUAUCCAAAAUAAGGGAAGGAAACAUUACAUGGCUGUUGAGUUUGAACCUUCGGAAGAUUUGACUGGUGGUGCAUGGUACUCAGAAGGAAAACUUGAUAAAGAAUUUAUCACUGUUCUUAGAGACACGUGUCUCAAAGUCAUAGAAAUGAUGAAAGUUGCUACUGCAGAGGGAAUCCACGACUUCUUGAAGAAACGUAAAGUUGUUGAGUGCACAAGUCAACAAGUUGCGGAAAUAUUGAACUCUAUGGUUCUGGACAAUGCUAUUAUUGAGGUAAAGAGCACCGGAUUGGGAGAAUAUCAUUCUAUUGCUGUUGGAUCAGUGUGCUAUCGAAGUGCAAGUGGUGUUGCCUUAGGGACUGGUCCGAAAACAAUAGGGCAAAUGGCUUCAAUUCCAUGUGGUGCUUGCCCUAGGAUUAGUUUAUGUACACCAAAUGGAAUUAUAUCCCCACAAACCUGUGUCUACUACACUAAAUGGUUGAACUUUGAAUUUUGAUGGACUUCUGAUGAGCAUUUGACAUUGACGGGACCGAUAUCCUGAACACCCUUUACCACAGAACCCUUUUGGGAAUUUUAAUGAUUUGGUUGAAAUGUGAUGACAAGCCACAACUUUUCAAUAUUAGAGCUCAGAAUGUAAUUUGCCCUGCAUUAUCAAGUUUGCAACUUAGUUGAUCAUCUAGCAUGUUGCUACAAAAAUGUUAUUCAUGCUUUGGAUCUGUAAUUCGGUUGACAAUUCACUCUUUUUCCUUUCUGAUUUAUACGAAAAUGAAAUUAUGUGUUUUGAGUUGA